AAUUAAUGAAAGUAAUAUUUUCCUACGUUUCUAUUUAAUACGACCUAAGUAUGAUGAAUUUAAUUGUUAUUGGUAUAUAUAUAUAUAUAUAAAACAAAAAUUUGGAAAACAUAUAAACAUAAGAAAGGCUAUUGCUUGAAGGUCAAAAUUGUGGGUAUCAGCCUGUGGUCGAGAGGAAUUGCUUUCAAAGACAGCCAUACAACUUUAUAAUGGUUAUAGAGUAUGCAAACUUCAUUUUGGAAAUAAUAUGUUUCUGAAUUAUGAGAAAACGAGAUUGCAGCCACAUGCCGUUCCAAGUUAUAUUGUGAGAAAUAAUGAUGAAGAAGCAAGUUCAAGUAGCUCAAAUGUAGAAACACACUGCAUGAAUACCUUAAAUAUUGAAAAUACACAAGAAGAAAAUACUGUAUUAGAUAUGACUAUAUUCAAUGAAAAGGAUGUAGUAUAUAUAAAUAAAACAAAAGUAUCAGAUGUAUCAGAAUCAGGAACACAAACAUCUUUGUCACUAUCUUCUACAUCUCCACGAAAAGUACAUCUUUAUCAGCAGAUAAGAGGCUAUAAAAGAAGAAUAGCCAAUUUGGAAUUAGAAUUAGAUAAAGCGAAAAAAGCAAAAAAGGAAGAUAUUAAUACAUUAGAUAUGUUAUUAGACAAAUAUUUUCCAAAACAAACAUCCGAAUUUUUAAAAAUGCAAGUACGUCUCUUUCAAAAGGAUGCGAAAGGUAGAAGAUACGAUAGCGCUUCAUUCAAACAAUAUUGUUUAUCGAUAUAUUUUUCAAGUCCUAAAGUAUAUAAAGAUUUAGCAAAUAAAUUAUUUAGUUUACCUAGCUGUGCAACUUUAAAAAGAUUUACACAGAACUAUUACAUAUGUCCAGGAUUACAAGAGAAUGUAUUUCAAAUACUAAAAAUUAAGAUUGACGGUU